GCUUAAGCUCCCCCUCGGAAGCGCCAUGGCUCCGGUCUCCCUUCCCCUGCUCUCCCGCGCUCGCCCUCCUCUCCUGCUCCGCGACGCCGGCGUCAAGCUGAGCACGGUCAGGCUACCUCCUCCAUGGCGCCAACAGUGGAAACACACCAGCGGCGAGCGGCGGCGACGGCUAUCAAUGCCGGCGUCGGCCGUGGCGGCCGAGACGCCGCCGCCACACGCGCGCGCCGAGGAGGAGGAGGAGGCCGCCCCGGCCGUGGGCGGCGGCGAGGAGGGGCGGUUCGAGUGGCUGGACCAGUGGUAUCCCGUGGCUCCGGUGUGCGACCUCGACCCGCGCAAGCCGCACGGGAAGAUGGUGAUGGGCCUCCGCGUCGUCGCGUGGUUCGACGGCGGCGGCGGCGGCGAGUGGCGCGUGGUGGACGACGCGUGCCCGCACCGCCUCGCGCCGCUGUCGGAGGGGCGCGUCGACGGCAAGGGCCGCCUCCAGUGCGCCUACCAUGGCUGGUGCUUCGAUGGCCACGGCUCCUGCCAGUUCAUCCCCCAGGCCCCCGCCCUCGGCCCUCCUGUGCACAAGAACAGCAAGGCGUGCGUGGCGUCGUACCCGAGCGUGGUGCAGAACAACAUCCUGUGGUUCUACCCGAGGUCGGAGCCGGAGUACAAGGAGAUCCUGCAGAGGAAGCGGCCGCCGUACUUCCCAGACCUCGAUGACCCGUCCUUCAACACAGUCUUCGGCGUCAGGGACCUCUUCUACGGGUACGACGUGUUGGUGGAGAAUCUUAUGGACCCUGCUCAUGUCCCAUACGCGCACAAGGGGCUGAUGCCCAUACAGAACAAAGAAGAUCCAGGCAGAGUUGAGUCCGAUCAGGAAGGAGGCUACCCGGUCAAGAUUAGGACGGAGCAGGCAAAGAUCGACGGCUUCCUGUCGGUACAGGAGGAUGACGUAUGCUACAUGAAGUUUGAUGCGCCCUGCACGCUCUAUGGCAAGCCCUUUCGCACCAAAGAACCACAGAUUGAUCAGGGCAAGGAGAAAAAGAAGAAGAAGCAACCUGAGGCGAUGACGGUGUUCUUGUGCGUCCCGGUGGCUCCGGGAAGAAGCAGGUUGAUAUGGGCGUUCCCGCGGAAUGUUGAUGCGUGGCUCGACAAUAUAAUACCACGGUGGUUGUACCACAUUGUGACGAACAUCGUCUUGGAUUCAGAUUCCUACCUCCUCCAUAUUGAGGAGCGCAACUUCGCCACGGUUGGCCUUGAUAACUGGCACAAAGCUUGUUAUGUGCCCACAUCAUCUGACAACAUGGUCAUCACCUUCAGAAACUGGUUCAGAAAGUACUGUAAGCAUCAGAUCGGCUGGGCAACCCCAAUGGCUAAUCAGCUGCCACCAACUCCUACCAAAGAUCAGGUCUUGGAGAGGUACAGGUCGCAUGUCAUGCAGUGCACGAGCUGCAGCGCUGCACUGAAGAAGAUGAAGGCGCUGGAGGUCGCCCUGCAGGUGGCGUCGGUCGCCAUCGUCGGAUUCCUCGCCGUCGCCAAGGGGAGUCUAGCACCGUCGGUUGUCCGGCGAGCCGCCGCCGUGUCUACCGCCGUGCUGUGCUUCGCCGCCUCCCGCUGGCUCGCGAGCUUCAUUGAGAAGAGCUUCUACUUCCAGGACUACGUCCAUGCUUACAAGUGACAGUGUCUAAGAAAAUCUGGGAGUGGAGUUCGAUCCCUAUAUAUGCUAGCUUACAAAAGAAAAACAAGUAUCUAUCUAUCUAUCUAUCUAUCUA